UAAGACUUAUUUCCUUCUGAUAAAAACAUUAAAUUACAAUCUACAUCAUAUUAAAUUCUCAGAUUUGUGCCAUAUUAGCGGCUCUAGCGACCUACCCUCCAUCCUGAUUGGCCAGUGAGCCAGAAACUUUAGCUUUGCAUCGUCACAUCCAGCGAUCAGCUCACGUAACAUCAGACACCCUUGAAUCCUCAAGAGCCGGCAAUAUGUCUGACUGUACCACUUCAACUCCGAACGGCGCGGUAUGUAGCGGUUCUACUCCCAAGCCUUGCGAGUCGACUCUGCCGUGUAAGGAGAAUACUGGCUGGAGGAGACUUGUACGCAAUUUCACACCAUCAUGGUUCGCUGUUUGUAUGGGUACAGGCAUCGUUGCCAUAUUGCUUCAUAACUUUCCUUACCAGGCGAUAUGGCUUCAGUAUAUCUCUUACAUUUUCUUCGCGCUUAAUGUUGUUCUGUUUAUUGUCUUCCUUGGUAUAAGCAUUGCACGUUAUGCGUUGUAUCCAGAGAUUUGGUCGGCGAUGAUUGCCCAUGCUGGCCAGAGUUUGUUCCUAGGAUGCAUGCCCAUGGCCUUUGCAACUGUCAUCAACAUGAUGGUGUUCUGCUUACAGCCAUGGGGAGAAUGGGUAAUAUAUCUAGCGUGGGCAUUCUGGUGGGUUGAUGUUUGGCUCUCCAUUGCCACUUGCAUCACGAUGCCCUUCAUCGUUAUGCACCGCCAUCGUCCUGGCCUCGAAAACAUAACAGCUGCACUCCUGUUACCCAUCGUACCAGCAGUGGUUGCGGCUGCUACUGGAGGAAUCGUCGCAGAGGCUCUUCCCAAUCACCACCAUGCGCUUACAACUCUGGUGGCCUCAUAUGUUCUCUGGGGCAUCGGCCAGUUGUUCUCGGCCUGUGUUUUAGCGUUAUACUUCCAUCGGCUGACCAUUCACUCACUUCCUCCGAAGGAGGUGAUAACCUCGUCUUUUCUCCCAAUAGGACCGCUUGGUCAGGGAGCUUUCGGCAUUCAGCAACUUGGCAGAGUUGCUAUGCAGGUGCUUCCCAAGACCAAUGCUUUCGGCGAUGUUGCGGUUCGAGCUGGUGAGAUACUCUAUGUCCUUGGAGUAUUCCUCGCCCUCAUCAUGUACGGUUUUGCUCUGGUCUGGCUGGCUUUCGCCCUCAUCAGCAUUGCUACAAAACCCCCAUCGUUCAGUAUUGGUUUUUGGGGAUUUACUUUCCCACUCGGUGUAUUGGCAACCUGCUCGAACUUAUUAGCAGAAAACCUUGAUAGCGAAUACUUCAAAGUCUCCACGGCGAUGAUAUCCCUUUCUGUGAUAUUGCUGUGGAUUGUGGUUGCGACUCGAACCGCCAAGCUUGCUAUCACAGGCGAAAUGUUUCACGCACCUUGCUUGAAGGAUCUUCGUGACAAGUCUCAAGCUGCAGGCUCAGACAGAAGAGUCUAGGUGACUUUAAUCUGUCUUGCAUCUAACAGCUUGACUGUGUAUAAUACAUUGAUAAACAGUGGGUGCAUUUCAUAUUGGAUAGACACCAAAAUAAUGUUCAAUCCUCAAGGGGAAUGAAUUUACGCUUGCUUGCCCGGCAUUCCGAUACCAUUACACAUAGAACAAAAUAGUAUUGUACCAUAUUAGUUAUUCUUACCUCC